UAAAUCGGUUGCGAAUCCUUUGACAUAUUACAAGAUUAGGCUGCGCUUUCGAAAGAAUAGUUAAGUACUGCAACUCAGAGAGCGCGAAUCAAGCACUCAUAGAAGACCUCGUGCGAUCUUCAAAUGGCAUAUCACGGGAACGGAUCGAUGGCAGAAUCUUCGGAGCAGUCUCAGAGCGCAAACGAAGUUGUUCCAGUUACUCAGCCAGAUAGCGAAGUUGCCUCAGUUAAUGUGCCUUCUGUGGAGCUUGUUAGCAACAGUGACGCUAUUACCGGGCUUGACCACAAGUACACAAUCCCUGGCCCACCUUCAGCUGAGACCGUAGGCAGCAGUACUCUCAUCGCUAAUAAGUCUGACGACGAUGUCACAACCCUUGAUAGACCCGAGAAGUUGCUUAACACCAGCCUGCCUAGUCUUCGCAACAUGACUCCACGUACCUCUGAAUCGGACGGGGAGGAUACCUGCAUUGUGGCGACCGACUUCGUCAUAUUCUCACAACUUCCCCUGGAGAUACGACAAAUGAUCUGGAAAGAGGCGUGCUUUAAUGACCCCCGAGUUAUUGACAUUUUCCUUGUCCAGGGUCCUGAAAAUUAUGGGGGAGCCUUCGGAACGGAUAUAUGUGUUACCUAUGUCUCGGAGGACGAGGACGUCUCUGACGAGGAAGAAAAGGAUGUUGAAGAGAGCGGAGACGAAGAGGGUGGAGACGAAGAGGGUGGAGACGAAGAGGGGUGGAGACGAAGAGGGUGGAGACGAAGAGGGUGGAGACGAAUAUAGCGAAGGUGAAGACGGCCAAGGUGAAGAAAACGAAGAUGCAGAGGGCGGUGAUGAAGGAGAAGACAGGUACGAGAGUCGCGAAGAGCGACGAGAGAUGUUCUAUGAAGAAUUAGAAGACACCUUCAAAUUAAGGACACUUACGGCACGGAUUGCUCCUUCAAUUCUUCACACCGAUUGG